AACACCAUUUCUGACGGGGUUGUUUUUUCCGGGCAAAGGGAGUGAGCAAAACAAACGUCUCCAGAACCAACAGCUGCUACUACACGAACGACUCUGGCAAACGUUCCGUUUAUUUACAUCUUCGUCACUAUCCAUACGGUGGAGUCUCCGAAGCCUAUAAAUCCAAGUUACAUUAACUGGAUAAUAGCGGAUUUGCUUAGCCAGGCAAAUACAUCAAUAAUGGCGUGUGCCAAGAGGCCAUCCUUGCAGGGGCCGGUGCCUCCCCCUCGUAAGAAGACGAACCCCAAACCUGAGCUUACUGAAGAGCAGAAGCAGGAGAUCAGGGAAGCCUUUGAGCUCUUUGACACCGAUGGUGCUGGAUACAUUGAUGUCAAGGAACUCAAGGUUGCCAUGAGAGCUCUGGGGUUUGAACCAAAGAAAGAGGAGAUUAAGAAGAUGAUUGGUGAAGUCGACAAGGAUGCCACAGGGAAGAUCUCCUUUAGCAAUUUCCUCAGUGUCACGACACAAAAGAUGGCCGAUAAGGAUUCCAAAGAGGAGAUACUGAAAGCUUUCCGCCUAUUUGACGACGAUGAGACCGGUAGGAUCUCCUUCAAGAACCUCAAGAGAGUCGCAAAGGAGCUUGGAGAAAACCUCACAGAUGAAGAGCUGCAGGAAAUGAUUGAGGAGGCAGACAGAGAUGGAGAUGGAGAAGUGAACCAGCAAGAGUUCCUAAGGAUUAUGAAGAAAACCUGCCUGUACUGAUGGUAACGUUUGGUAUCACAUGGAAAGCCACCUAGAUUUUGUCCUCUCUCAAAUUGUAUUGUAUUGUGUCAAAAGAUUGGCCGUAAAUCGUGUUAAAUCUCAUCAAGAGGUCCAUUAAUGUCCAAGAUGCUCUUCUUCAGGAUGCUGCACUUUUGUGAAGAUUAUAUUGGCAAUUGCUCAUUGUUGAAAAGAUUUCAGUGCUUGCUUCAAUACAGUCCACACAGCUCAUUCCAACAUGUUAUCGAAUACCGUCUGUCCAUUUAUAUUGUCUAUUCUAGAUUGAUUGUCAGUCAGUAUGAACAGUCAAUUAUCUAACCGUGAUCAGGCAGGCAUCAGUGAGUGAUGGAGCAGAAUAAUAAAAUGGUAUCAAUUUGAGAAUUUCCACCAGAGUUUCAGCGUGGAGCAAAGUGGUAAAUUCAAAUCACAUGCAAACUCUUACAUGAUCAGUAUUAUAGUUACACAUUAUGGACACUGUGCAGGUACUAGUUUUGCUGUGCUCUGUAUUUUUCAAUGUUUAUAUAUUGUAUAGUGCAUGUACAACCCCAAUUCCAAUGAAGUUGGGAUGUUGUGUUAAACAUAAAUAAAAACAUAAUACAAUGAUUAUGUUCAAUACAAAUCAUGUUCAACCUAUAUUUAAUUGAAUACACUACAAAGACAAGAUAUUUAAUGUUAAAACUGAUCAACUUGAUUGUUUUUAGCAAAUAAUCAUGAACUUAGAAUUUUAUGGCUGCAACACGUUCCAAAAAAGCUGGCACAGGUGGCAAAAAAGACUGAGAAAGUUGAGGAAUGCUCAACAAACACCUGUUUGGAACAUCCCACAGGUGAACAGGCUAAUUGGAAACAGGGGGCCAUGAUUGGGUAUCAAAGGAGCUGCUCAGUCAUUCACAAGCAAAGAUGGGGCGAGGUUCACCUCUGUGAACAAGUGCGUGAGAAAAUAGUCGAACAGUUUAAGGACAAUGUUCCUCAAUGUACAAUUGCAAUGAAUUUAGGGAUUUCAUCAUCUACGGUCCAUAAUAUCAUCAAAAGGUUCAGAGAAUCUGGAGAAAUCACUGCAUGUAAGCGGCAAGGCCGAAAACCAACAUUGAAGGCCCGUGACCUUUGAUCCCUCAGGGGGCACUGCAUCAAAAACCGACAUCAAUGUGUAAAGGAUAUCACCACAUAGGCUCAGGAACACUUCAGAAAACCAAUGCCAGUAAAUACAGCUCGGCGCUCCAUCCGUAAGUGCAACUUGAAACUCUACUAUGCAAAGCAAAAGCCAUUUAUGAACAACACCCAGAAACGCCGCCGGCUUCUCUGGGCCCGAGCUCAUCUAAGAUCGACUGAUGAAAAGUGGAAAAGUGUUCUGUGGUCCGACGGGUCCACAUUUCAAAUUGUUUUUGGAAGUUGUGGACGUCGUGUCCACCGGGUCAAAGAGGAAAAGAACCAUCCGGACUGUCAUGGACGCAAAGUUCAAAAGCCAGCAUCUGUGAUGGUAUGGGGCUGUGUUAGUGCCAAUUAAUGCUGAAAGGUACAUACAGGUUUUGGAGAAACAUAUGCUGCCAUCCAAGCAACGUUUUUUUCAUGGACGCCCCUGCUUAUUUCAGCAAGACAAUGCCAAACCAUAUUCUGCACGUGUUACAACAGAGUGGCUUUGUAGUAAAAGAGUGAGGGUACUAGAAUGGCUUGCCUGCAGUCCAGACCUGUCUCCCAUUGAAAAUGUGUGGCGCAUUAUGAAGCGUAAAAUACGACAACGGAGACACCGGACAGUUGAACAGCUGAAGCUGUACAUCGGGCAAGAAUGGGAAAGAAUUCAACCUACAAAGCUUCAACAAUUAGUGUCCUCAGUUCCCAAAUCCCAAACGUUUAUUGAAUGUUGUUAAAAGAAAAGGUGAUGUAACACAAUGGUGAACAUGACCCUGUCCCAGCUUUUUUGGAACAUGUUGCAGCCAUAAAAUUCUAAGUUAAUGAUUAUUUGCUAAAAAUAGUAGUUUAUCAGUUUGAACAUUAAAUAUCUUUGAAGUAUAUUCAAUUAAAUAUAGGUUGAACAUGAUUUGCAAAUAUUUUUUUAAAUUUAUUUUUAAAACAAUGUCCCAACUUCAUUGGAAUUGGCAUUGCAAAACAAUUCCAAAAAUAGCAGUAUUUAUGGUACAGAUAAGAAUAAAUAUUUAAGCAUUG